AUGUCUUCAAUCGCAUUUUCCCUCCCAAGGAUCUCUAUAAAUACUCAAAUCUUCGCGAAACAAAAACUCUGCGCUCCAGAAAUUCUUGACGAAGAAGUUAGUUACAAAGACGAAAACCAAAUCCCUGAAACUGAAUCAAUCAAUCUUCGAUCGGAGAUCCUUGGAGCUGCAAUGGCGGACGUGAACCCAGCAGAUUUAGUCGACGGAAAUGUGGUGAACUUUCGUGAGAAGGACACUCGUCACCGCUACGAAGGAAAAGUCUGCUAUUUCGAGCUAGAGGCUUCCAGAUUCGGAAUCCAGGACGUAACGAUGAUCGUAGAAGGCGAGAGUUUGUACCUCGGUGGAGCUUACAUCAACACUCUCCCAUUCAUUGAGGACUUGGUGGUGUUACAAGUUGCUGAGCCACACUCUGACUCUGAGGAUGAACAACAGAUUGGUGAUAAUCCAGGUGGUGUGAAUGAAGCUGCAGGCAACAAUGAGGCUGGUCAGAAUGGUGCUAAUGGCACAUCGGGUCAUGCUAGUGUGAACCAAGCUGCAGGAGCAAGCUCUAACAACACUCAGGCAAGCUUGACAUAA